GACAGGGCUGUUUUAAGAGGCCAUUUCUCAUUUAGAGUAAACCCUGGUCGUCUUGAAGGGUUGGAGGUGAUGCCCUGAAGAAGGGGAAAUGAUCCAGGGAGGAGGAGGGGGUGUUGAGUGAGUCAGUGGUGGCAGCUCUGCAAUGGGGAGGGUCACACACAACCACACUCUUUGUGUGCCUUUAAUCCCCCCAGCCAACACAGCUUUGGCCAGGUUUCAUCAUGAAAGUGCCAUGAAAUAACUACUUUUUUUCUCUGCUCGCAGUAAAUCUCCCCUAAUCCUGCGGGCUGCGGAGACAAAGGCCUCUGGGACCUAAUCCUGGAGCUUUUAGUGGGGCUGAGGGGCUGGCCGACAGAGCCUCUUCUAAAUGACUUAUUUCUAUCGGACACUAAUAUAGCUUGACAGCCAAGAACGGCCAAAAGAGGAGGAAAGAAAAAAGCAAGGGGAAUAAAGAGCACAAACAUUUUCACAUAUUUUGGAAGUCUGAGCAGUUGAUUGUGAGAGAGGAAGAAGUGAAUCACACAGUUUUGAGCGCAGCCUCAAAGUACACACCUGUCAAGACGACUCAUGUUUAUCUGUGAUUAUUAAAACCAAAAACAAGCCAUUUAUUUAUUUGCAGUGGAAUGUGAUGGAGGAAUGUACCUGUAGCCUCUUAUUUAUCAUCUAUGUUUUACUCACUGAAGAGCGUUUUCUUACCAAUGCAAAGUUUACUUUCCAUUCUUAUGUUGAGAGAAUACAAUAACAUUUCAAGAAAACUUGACAAGUUAAUACCUUGAAACUAACAAUUAUUCUGCUCUCCUUCAUUUGAACAAUAUCAACAUGUCCGUUUUUAGAGUUUUCUUUUUGGUCGUAGAGUUUUUUUUCUUAUACAAAUGGAGGUUCUUGUGAUAGAUAGUGAUGUAUGUUGUACAAAUGUUGAUGUUAGAGUAUGUGGAAGAAGUGUGCCAAGAUAUUUUACGUACGUUAAAAUGACAAUACCACAAUGUAUAAAUACUCUUUAAUUAUCAAAAGUCUCAAAGUUCUCUUUUUACAGAUAGGCUCGAUACAGAAAAAAAUACUCAAUAUAUUUGAUUAUAAGUAUUCAUGCAUUACUGUGUUCAUUGUUUUAAUGCUGCACCUGGAGAAGGGUUAGUAUUUUCUUAAUCUACAAUAAUACACUUUAUUUAUCUGUUUUUAUUUUUGCAUAACAAAUCACAAUCAGACAAUAACUAGUAAAUGAAGUGAUCAAAUACAUGUAGUUGUGGCUGGUGUAUAAACAGAUUAUUAAUGAUACAAGUAAAUGCUAGUUUUCCUCCACCUCUGCAGUAUUGUUUAAAACAAAUUGAAUUGGUGGUGAUGGAAAUGUUGAUUGCCCUUUAGAGGACUUCAUGUUGUUGAAGAUUUCAUGUUUUUCCUGUUUUCUGUUCCUGGGAAGACUUCUAAUUAUCUCAGCAGCAUUUAUAAAGAAAUACUUCUCAUUGAGGAGGUUGAGAUUAACUUCACAUGGUGACAGUUUAUGGGCAAAAUAUGGUGCCUGUUAGCAAAACAAACCCUCAGAGAAACCCCCACCGAGGGGAGACUGUCAAAGCCAGCGGCCUGAGAGAAAGGGGCUGAGAAGCAGAGCACAAUCAAAGGCUGUUAUUUUAAUCUGUCCUGCCUCGGAGAUUAGCCCACCACAUUGUUUUAAUUGUUUUAACGGGAGGGAAUGAAACGCUCGUUUAUAGGGGGAUCCUUGGCAUAAAUCUCUCAAGUUCAAUAGUUUCAAAAACUUGAGCUCCUCGCAACCCCCCUCUCUUCCCUCAUCCCACCUAAUCCCGGCUAAUACCUUUCUUUCUAUUGGCUAAUGGCUGAGGGGAGCCUGGGUAAAUGCGUCUUAAAUAGUCGUGGGUGAGAAUGGUUUGGGAGAAAUAGAUCGGUACCACGACAAAGAGCGCUGCUGUGUGAGGAUUUAAGGCCCAAACUGGACUAGGAGAAACUGGACUACACAGCUCACCGGGUCCAGACCUCUGUGCGUAAAGGCGCACCUGCACCGUCCGGAGCUCAGAUUUAAGAUGAACUCCUUGAAUUUCUGCGGGACGUCCAACGGUGGAGGCAUGUUUCCUCUCCACGGUGUGAACUCCAUGCUGUUCGACCUGCGCCACCAGAUGGCGGAACAGUACCGCGUGUACUCUGCCGCGAGCCCCGCAGCGCACACCCUGUCUGUGGCCGAGAGACUGGCAGAGCUUAUUCUGGAGGCUCGGUAUGGAAACCAGCAGAAGCAGCGCCGCAGCCGCACAGCCUUCACAGUGUCGCAGCUGCAGGCUCUGGAGAAAGCCUUUCAGCAGACACAGUACCCCGACGUGAGCAUGAGGGAGAGACUGGCUGUCUGUAUCAACCUGCCGGAGGCUCGCAUUCAGGUGUGGUUCAAGAACAGGAGGGCAAAGCACCGUAAAGGUCAGAGGUGUUCCCCGCUCUCCAGAGACCACAGUGUGGAGGAGGCGCCACACCGCAGCACGGGGGGACAGGAGGAAGAGAGGACCGGAGACAAACAGGACAUUUCCACAUCACACACUGACAGACACAAUCAUCCUCUUCAUCGCUGUCGUUCUCCUCCUCAUGUGGAUAAAAGCAGGGAUAUUUGUCCGCCUCGCACACAUUCAGACUCUGAUGUUUCACGGUGCUCCCUCCGCCUUCACUCCCCCCCACUCUUCCCCUUCAGGGAGUGCUACAGCCAGCCUCCUCACCAGCCCCUUGUAGGAGUGCUGUCCACGGAGCUGGCCCUCCCCCCGGUGUUCUGGCCCAUCUUACAGCACAGCUCUGCCCUCGGGGUCCAUCCGCCCUCUGUUACUAAAAACUGUAGCCUCUCCCUUCAGACUGCGUGCUCUACUAAAGCUCCUCACCCUCACCUGGGGCUGUAAAUGUAGACCUGUUCACCUCCAGCCCGACAUCUCUGCUCCUGCGUGGGGAGAGACACGGUGGAGAAGCACUUACUGCCUUUUACUGUAAACCUGGCAGAAUAUCAAUUUUAAUUUAGAGUGUUAUUUUUAUCUGUUUAAAGGGAAUACAUCUGUACAGUCACAUAUUUCUAAGUCUUAUUUAAGUCUGUUUUUAUUCAAAUCAACAGGUUGGUUGCAACUGAUGCAAAUGUGCAUCAACAAGACUGUUCUUUAAUCAUCACAAGCAGCAUGAACAUCCCAUUUAAAGAUACCAUUGCCACCUUCAGUAUUAUUUAGCUGGUUACACCGGCAGUUAUAAUCCUUUUUAAAGCAUUUCAGAAAAGUUCCCCAUUGUAAUUAGGCACAGAAACAUACAAAUGGGAAAUAAAGUUAUUUGUAUCUGAAUUAUCUGGGGGUUGAUUUGUGUUUUUGGUUUAGCAGCACUGACAAAAUGAUGGAUUUUACUAAAUUAACAUAUUUUACUGCAUAUUUACUACUGCAAUUUGUAUCAACAUUGGGAUUUCAACCACUUUGCAAAGCUCAAAUAUGAGGCCUGAUCUUCU